GUUUAGCACUCAAAGAAAAACUAGUUUCUGUAAAAAAAUAAAAUAAAAGAAUUGAAUAAAUGAUAAAUUUUCUGUUUCGUCACAUUUCGUCGAAAGCUCAUCGUCUGUCACACCAUCUACUCCACCAGAUCAAAAUAAGGUGCCCCAGUCUGAUUCACAAAACGAAGAACGAAGGGUAAGUUCAUCAAAUUCAUCAAAUUCAGAGAAAUAUCUUUUUGAUUCUAUCGAUGACAAUACGGAAUAGUAUUUAAAAAGCCGUGUGAAUCACUUUGCUCAGCACCCAAGAUUUCUGAGAAAAAUGAUCUGCUGCAAAAAAUCGGUCUAGUGAAUACACGCACCACGGCGAUUUAGGGUUUUGAACGGUGUCAGUUGGUUGUGAAUUAUCUUAAGGCCUUCAAAGGCCUUUCAAAGUAUAUUCUAUAGAAUAUGCUUUGAAAGGAAGCUUCAAAAGAUUUUUGGAAAAUAUUGAAUCAAAUGAAAUUGAUAGUUCAUUUUCACUGAUAUGAAUUGGACUAUUUUUUGCAUCCAUAGCUAAAAGUAUGCCUAGUAGGGUUUAUGUAUGGAUUAUAAAUCCUAAUUUGAAAAAUCUUCAGGAAAUAAAUAAUGAAGAAUUCACAAAUUGUGUAUUAGAAAAAGAUGAUUGACUUGAUCUUGCAUUUUGUAUUGAUACAGCAUCAUUUGAAUCAACAAUUGCAUUAAGCAGUAGUAAUUUUAAUAAAUCAAAGAAAGAAGCCAAUCAAGUUGUUUGCUACCGAAUAUUGAUGAUCCUUCUUGGUUACUUAAUAUUGUUAGUACACCAUUUAAAGUAGGAGGAGCUUCUAUUUCACAAAAAGAAUUUUAAUUACCAAUUUUAGAUCAGAUUUAUUACUAGAAACGUCUCCAGAUGUUUUAAAAGAAAAAAUUUCAAUUAUUUUAACAGCAGUUGCGUCUUUUAAAUGGAAUUUGCAUACAUUUGAUAUUCGAACAAUCACUUCACGAAGAAUUCAUCAAUUUCAGAAAGAAAUGGAAAUAUUUUUGAAAGAUUUGUUGAAUAAAACCUCCCUGUCGAUUAACAGUUCAAAUGCUAAAAGUUUGAUGAAAACUAAUAUUGCAAUGCCACAUGAAUUGGUACAGACGUUAAGUAACACUAUUAAAAAUUUACGUAAAACUCGGAGAGGAGAAUGGAUUAAUGCUGAAUUGAAAACUAUUGCAUUAGAAACAGGUAACAAAGCAAAAAUUUUUAAACAAGUAUCUUGGAUUAUAUCAGAAUUUGUUAAUGAAAUGACUGAACAUUGGAAAACAGCAAUUCUUGAUCGUAAAUUAUUACAACGGGUUGUACAAUUACCAGUUGAAAUUACUAACACUAUUCCAUUAGUCCUUAGAGAAAUUCAGAAUAUUGCUCAAACUCAGAAAGUUAAAAUAGAAAAUAAUUUCCUUUUUUUUCAUAUGGGUACACAUUUGAGAAUAAAUAUGAUAAAGUUAACAGCAGCUUUACAUCUUUUUAUUAACAUUUUGUUAAUAGAUAUACUAAUUUAUUUUAUUACUGUGACAUUUCGAUACAUUUAG